UUUCAAAGAAAAAGAAGUUCUAGGAUUCUCCAGUGUGUCCGUCAGUAGCGUGCAGGAUAAUGACACAGGUGGAGAGAGAGCAGGAAAAUGAAAAGGAAAAAGAGAAAGAGCGAGAAAAGGACAAAGAAAAAGAACAACGAGGAGUCAAAAGACCGAUUGUUCCUCCUGUUAUCCCCGAGCCCUUACAAGAGCAAAUUCAAACCAAUUUCGUGGUGGUGAUCAGCCCUGGAUCGCAGACCCUCCGCAUAGGCCGAGCUACAGACACACUGCCCCUUACUCUUUCACACGUCAUUGCCCGUAGACAUAAGCAGUCAGGACAGACACGCUAUGAGGACGCUUGGCUGAUACGAGAAGGCCAGAAUAGACCAGAGAGUGGCGAUCAGCGGCAAAAUGGUCUGAAGAUGGUGGACCAGGCUAUCUGGUCUAAAAAGAUGUCCAGCGGGGCUAGAAGAACCCCCGUGUCUGCGGAACAGGCUAGAGUGUACAACAGACAGGUCCGUCCAUCUGUUUUGGAUCCUAACUCGAGGCAGAAAUGGACGAAUACCAUCCACCAGCCAGAGUACUUAGUAGGGGAUGAGGCUUUAUAUGUGAACACCACCGAUUGUUACAACUUACAUUGGCCUAUUUGUCGUGGUCAGCUGAACGUCCACAGUGGGCCUGGAGGCUCUUUGACUGCUGUCCUAGCAGACCUGGAAACCAUCUGGUCACAUGCUAUUCAGAAACUCUUAGAAGUUCCUCUCAAAGACCUGAAGUAUUACAGGUGCAUCCUCCUGAUUCCAGACAUCUAUAAUAGACAGCACGUGAAAGAAGUGGUCAAUAUGCUCCUCGUUAAGAUGGGCUUCUCCGCAAUCAUUGUCCACCAGGAGUCGGUGUGUGCUGUGUUUGGCAGUGGUCUGAGCAGUGCAUGUGUGGUAGAUGUCGGUGAUCAGAAGACCAGCGUGUGUUGUGUGGAGGAUGGCGUGUCCCACAGAAAUUCCAGGCUUUGUCUUGCAUAUGGAGGCUCUGAUGUGACACGAUGUUUCUUUUGGCUGAUGCAGCGAGCAGGCUUUCCUUACCGAGAGUGUCAGCUAGCUAACCGGCUGGACUGUAUGUUGCUGCAGCAACUUAAGGAGACUUUUUGUCAUCUUGACCAGGAUAUAUGUGGAUUGCAAGACCAUGAGUUUCGUACACGCUUCCCAGAAUCCCCAGUGAUCCUCUAUCAGCUGAGGCUUGGUGACGAGAAGCUCCAGGCUCCCAUGGCUCUUUUCUACCCUGCUGCAUUUGGAAUUGUAGGACAGAAGAUGACCACUUUGCAGCAUCGUUCCCAGGGAGAUCCUGAGGAUCCACAUGAUGAACACUAUCUACUAAGUACUCAGAGCAAACAAGACCAAUCUUCUAAAUCCAUGGAAAGGAAGGGCCUACCUAAGCCUUCAGGCUUUGACGUUGAAUCUAGCAAUCAAGGAGGUGACCAGACAGAGAGAGGAAACCAAGACAUAGAGCUUGGCCAUUCACAGGGAGAGCCUCUGCCGAGCGGAGCUGACCCAGAAGACAUGCCUUCUGUCCUUCUGUCCAGAAAAUCAGCAAUGACUCAGUUUGAAGGCAAAGCUCUUGGACUGGAUAAAGCUAUUCUGCACAGCAUUGACUGUUGUGCAUCAGAUGAGACUAAGCGGAAGAUGUACAGUUCUGUGGUAGUGGUAGGUGGUGGACUUCUGUUUCAUGGCGCACAAGAAUUCCUUCAGCAUCGCAUUCUCAACAAAAUGCCUCCAUCUUUCCGCCGUAUGGUUGAAAAUGUCGAGGUUAUCACACGGCCGAAGGACAUGGAUCCUCGUCUCACAGCUUGGAAGGGUGGAGCAGUGUUGGCUUGUCUAGACACCACACAGGAGUUAUGGAUCCAUCAGGGAGAAUGGCAAAGAUUUGGUGCACGCAUGCUCCGUGAAAGAGCAGCAUUUGUCUGGUGAAACUGCACGCGUGUGUGUGCGUGUGCACGUCUGUGUAUAUGAAAGGGAGAGAGAGGAGUGUGUGAGAAAUGGACAGAGCAUAACGCAUGAGAAUUCAUUAUCAUAUUUGUUGCUGUAUAUAUUAUUUGCUAAGGAAAUAUGUAUGUGUUGAACACAUGAUUUGUACUGCAAUUUUUUUCUGAAAAGUUAAAAUACAAAUAAAGUUGAUGAAAUUAAGAAAGUGUUAGAUUUUGGGAAAAAAAGCCUAGAGGUUAUCUUCCAUUCAAACGCAAACCAGUUUUCUUGUUUUUCUCGCUAUUGAGGAUGUGGUCUUUAUAGAUGCAUAUCAUCAGAUUUUGCUAAAUGUCAUCUUCUGAGAACUCAGAUUAUGCAAACAACCUCCUUAUGAAGUCAGUAAAAAAAUCUUAAAGCUUGAUCAAAAGAUAUUAAGUUCUGUCAGGUAAUGGCCCAGACUAAAAUAAAUAAUGAUAAAGUCAUAAAAAUAUGACGGAGUAAAAAAAAAUAAAAUCACAGAUGUAUAGAAUACAGCACUGAAUGUCUGUAGCAAUAAGAAGACGAAUAAGUAGUAGCAAUGAAUGUGACCUUUUUUUUUUUUUUAGGUUUGUGUCAUUGAAGCAGCCAUACUUCUAGAUUAUAUCUUUAUUCUGUUUAGUUAUUUACAGCUGUUCUUUUCUGUGAUUUCAAAUUGUGAAAGAUAUUUUUAGGAACUUUAUUACAUGUAUAACCUCAGGAAUGUUUUGUAAUUAAACAGUUU